AUGCCAAUUGAACUCGACAUUUUACGAGGAAUCCGAACUCUCGCCGCUGCCAUCGGAACUAGUGCAAUACUACUUUUCAUCUUCACCGUCAUCAUCAAUAUCAUCGCCAUGUUUCCCAAAAGAGUCAAUCCCGACAAGCGCAAAACACGUCCUUGGGAACCCGCUCCCGCUGUUAGGAUAGAUGAAUUGCCAGAAGCAGGACAAGAGAUAGUCAAUCAAAGUCGACCCAAAAGGGUAAAGAGACAUGAAACCAAUGAGGGAUUUGUGCUAGAUUACAAUCGUGAUCGUCAAAGUGCACAAAGAUAUAGGGGAAGGGGAAAAGCUUUUACUGAUGAUGGGGAGAUUUGGAGGAGGCAAUUGGAACCUCUUUCGAGAUUGAGACCAACGCCCCUUUCGUUGUGGUCAGAUAAGAAUAAUCCGCCUCAACAUCCGCCACCUGGAGGUCCGUCGGGGUAUCUUCCAGCUCCUCCAGCUCCUCCAGCUCCUCCAGGUCCAGGUGCUGGAGGAGGCAUAACACCCACACCAUCAGCUCCACCACCAGCUCCACCAGCUCUACCACCCGCACCACCAGCUCCACCACCAGCUCCGCCAGCUUCAUCAGCUCCCUCAGGAAUCCCAGGUCCAGGUGCCGGAGGAGUGAUAGCACCCGCACCAACCGCACUACCAGCUCCACCACCAGCUCCACCAGUUCUACCAGCUCCAUCAGCUCCCUCAGGCUCCGGUCCGGGAUGGGGAGUAGGGAUUGCAUCUGCCCCGCCUGCGAUUUCAGGCAUAACUCCCUCAGGGUCGACAAUACCAGACUACAUUGGAUUACCUGAGCCCCCGAUAUCACCCAAUAUAGACUUUUGGAUACCGUGGAAGGCGGGGAACACUGAAUGGGCAAAGAAACUUGCCCGUCAAAGGCAACGCGAUGUCGGCAUCAGUGCUAAUGAGCUACUAAGAUCAUUCAUUGUAUUAAAACAACCUAUUUUCUAUCAAAAGUUUUCUCAACAAUUUAUGAGCGAUCCAGCUCAUAAAGAUGAGUUAUCCGGAGAUACUGGUCAUCCUCACUGGUUUUUCGAAAACAUGCAGUUGGAACAAGUUGGUCGCCAUCCUAAACCUUUUUCAGGGUAUUCUCAGGAAAAAAUCGAUAGAGACAGGUUUGAAAGAACGACCAAGGAAGGACAAGAGGCUUUAAUUUACAGGGCCCGCAAAUCACUAGAAUACGCUCAGGAGUUGUUGAACCUACGGAUAAAGCCACCUGGUAAGACAAGCCUGCCUGCUCCGCCCAAAACUACAACAUCGACUACAGGGAUAGGCGUCACAACCACUAGGCCAUCAGGUAUCGAAGCUUUAUUAGCGUCUUUCCGACCCUCAUCCAGUGCAGCACCAAACCCCCCACCAAUUGGGUCUACAUCUUGGAAUACUACGACAGGAAGUUUUCCAAGUCAGGAUGAGGAAGCAGUUGCAGAGUAUAUCAGAAGAAUGGCAUCUGGUUUGAUCACGGGUUCAUCGAGUCAAGCAGAUCCCAAAACUACAAUUGCACCGUUCUCCUUCAAUCCGUUCGCAGCCACCCCUAGACCUCUUCAAACAUCCCAGCCAACGGUACCUGCUCCAGUGGCUCCGGCUACAUCGGGUGGAGGGCAAUUCGGAGGGACGAAUAAAAUAGCACUUUUAUUACAUAGUCGUAUCGAUCCUUACACUGAUGCUACUACUGCUGCUGAAGUACGGAGGGCUUUCGGUCAGCCGAAUGAUCUCGUCGUUCUUCCUCCCACUAUCAAACAGAAUUUUUCAUUUCACUACGUUUCAGAUUUACAUCUUGAACAGACGAGCUAUACAAAUUUUGACUUUCAACCGCGUGCUCCAUAUUUGAUCCUCGCCGGCGACAUAGGGAAUACUGGUGGAGCACAAAGUGAGACUGAAUAUCGGAAAUUUUUAGCUAGAAUGUGCGCCAAACCACAACUUCAACGAGUUUUUCUCGUAGCUGGAAAUAGAGACUUCUGGCCAUCCAGUAGUUGUACAGUGGAAGGGACAAUAAAGAUGCUUAGAGGCUUUGUAAAGCAUCCAGAUACAUUAGGAAAAUUGGUGUUCCUGGAGAACGACCGCUAUACCAUUCAAGGGAUGGGGGGCAAGCUUGUGAUAUUAGGCUGUACAUUGUGGACUGAAAAACGGAGAGGCGGAGGUCAUGAGCCUCGCGAUCAAAACAACCAGCAAAGAACUGAAAGGCAUUUUGCAUCUUGCGAAUGGAUCAGGAAGGAAACAAAGAAAAUUAGAGACGAUCCCAAAGAGGUUGAAACGCGCAUACUUAUUAUAACGCACAUGCCACCAUCCAAGAGUGGAACUUCGCCUCCUGAACAGACCGCAAAGAAGCUUCGUGACUUCAGUAGUGGAGAUAGCCAUGGUAGUGAUGUUAUUGAUGGCUGCAAGGGACAUGGCUAUGAUCAUAGUACGAUUCAAACUACAAUGCCUCUUUUGGACUGGAGAGACGUUUGGAUUUGGGGCCAUACACAUUGGAAUGAGCCGCGUCACGGGAAACAGAGGCAUGGUGGGAUGAGGUUCGAAUCUAACCAAAGAGGAAAUGCUAGUGGGAACCCCCUUGGCUAUCACCCAAAACCACCAGGUGCUUUUAAGCCGCAAAAAAUCAUUUGGGUUUAA